CAGCGAUGCAUGGACUAGGACCUGCUCGAAUGUUCCCCAUCUGGACGCGCGUCCCCGCAUACGCGUCCACCACAUACGCGUACGGCUGACAAAGACCAGCGCCAUGGACUAUAAAACCUGAGGGGCAGGGUCCGUCUCCCUCAUUCAGAUCCUCAGACGCAUCGGCCUCGACGCGCUUCGAUCGCAGAAUAAUCACCGCUACAACUAGUACACCGACCACAGCAAGUACAGAGACUAUGUUCUCUUCGAUGUAUCAACCCUCGCCAUACUACCCGCUCCAGGCGGCCUACCACCCCAUUCAGCCCCUCAGCCCGCGCGACAAGUACCUGGCGGCCGUGGCAGAGGCCGAGGCAGCGCGCGCCAGCUACCUCGCCGAUGAAGCUGCGCGACGGGAGGAGGCGGCCCUCCAGCAGCGGCUCGACGAGCUUCGCGCACGUAGGCAGCGCUUCUCUGCCCCCGGUUCUGUCGACCCCCGCGAUCGGCGCCUCUACGAACUUCGCCGCGAGGUGGAGGAAGAAGAGCGCAUUCAGCGGGAGUUGACGCUCGCUGCUGAGGCGGAGCGUCGCGAGCAGGAGCUUGCGCACGUCCGAUGGGAGAUAGAAGAGCAGGCCCGCAGGGAGGAGCGGCAGCGUCAGAUCGUUGAAGGAGGUAGCAGGUCAUUUCGGUCCUCUCCAUGCCACACGACACACCCGCAUCAGAGCCCCUUCCACCGUCCGUAUCCUCAUCAUCAGCCCGUCGCUCGCCAGAGCCAUCCUGCGAUACUCGAAGUCGUGAUCGAUGAGCCCUACCAGGCGCCUACUCCCGACGUCCGACCCUCGAUUGAAGUCGACAUACAGGAGCUCCUUGGCCAACUUUCUGGCUUCGGCAGUGUGAAUGCGCAGGAGCCCCUUCAACAUCCGCCGCAGACCUCAGCUUGUGCUCCCCCCUCUGCACUCGCGAAGGCUCGGGCUGAGGCUUGGAAGGCGGCUGCCGCUGCUCGCAGAGCGCCUGCUACGUCCGCCAAGGCCUCCCCUUUCGCGAACACGGUUUGUUCUCCCUCGAACAAGGCCUGCCUCACCACUAACAAGCCUUGCCACCCCUCGAGCAAGUCUAGCGAAUCGAGUUCCAGCCCUACCGGUCCUACCGCCCCCCAGCUUGACCCCACUGUCCUCGCCGACCUCGCCGGCCAGUUCCUUGGCACCAAGGUCGACCCGGCGCAGGUGAAGAGCGCGAUGGAUAUGUUCUCGGCAUUCGUGCCGCAGGCUUCGGCUGCUCAGGCGUCGUUUGGCGCUCGUGCUGCUCCAGCACCGGCUCAGGCAUCGUCUCAUGCUGCUCACGCACCGACUCCGACUGCAGGCCCUGCAGAGUUUGGCGGUCUUGAAGGUCUCCUUUCGACUUUGUUCGGUGGUGCUCAGACCAACGCUCAACCCCAGGCGUCUUCGUCCUCUGCUCAGGCAUCGUCCUCGAAGCCUGCGACCUCUUUUGUUCAGCCUUCUGCCUCUGCUGCCGCCCCAUCCGCUAAGCCAUCGACUACUGAGCCUUUCAAAGCCUCCCCCUUCGACCCCCUCGCGCCCCUCCGCGCGCAGCUCGCGAGCCGGCUGAACACCGAGGAGGAGGCCGAGAUUCGCGACACGAUGCACGCGAUCAUGCUCUCGCUGCAGGACCAGGAGGAGAAGUUUAAGGCUGGAUCAGCGGCUGCUGGCGCUGGUGCUGCUGGGUCCAGCGGAUCCAGCUCCGGCAACAAGGUCGACACCUCCAGUAAGCCCGACAUCACCGUCGACACCACUCAGGCCAAAGGCAAAGGCCGCGCCUCCCCCGAGCCCCCGCGCACGCCGACCUCGCAGGACAUCGCCGCCUCGCUCGACACGGUGCGCAACAUCGACGCCGCCUUCGCUGCGCUCGCGGGCGACUUUGCGUGGCCCUCGGGGCUGGACUUUACGCCUGUGAGCUCGAGGGAGGCAUCUCCCACACGUUCCUCCGGCGACUACGCCGCGCCGGUCGACGAUGCCGCCUCCACUUCCACUUCUUCUACCUCCUCCCCCCUUUCCAAGCUCGCGUACACCGCGCGCAAUCAGCCCGUCCGGUUCUACGAGCAGUCGCUGAGCGGUCUACUGUCGCAGCUCGAUGCCGUGGAGAGCUGGGGGUCGGAGGAGGUGAGGAGGGUACGGAGGGAGGUGGUCGGACGCGUGGGGCGGGCGUUGGAGGAGGUGGAGGGCGAGGUGGAGGGGAGGUGGGGUGUGUGGGUGAGGAGGGAGAUGAGGGCGGAGAAGGUGGAGAGGGGCAGGGAGGUGCCAGCGUCUAUCACUGAGGAGACGAAGGCCAACGCCGACGCUGUCAAGGUCGAUGCGAAGGCGAAGGAGGCGGACGCUGUCAAGGUCGAGGUCGAGGCAGCGCCGGAGCCCGAGUCCCAGGCUCCAUCCGUUGCGGAGUCGGUCGUCACUAUCCGUCCCGCCCCGGCUCCACAAGCCUCCGAGGAGUCCACCGAGACUGUCGAUGCACCCGUUCCGGCCUACGACGACAAGGAAGAUUCACCCACCGUCGACACCACUGCUACCUCUGAUGCCUCACCUACCUCAACCGACGUCAAAGGCUACGAGGUCGAGUCCUCAGACGGUGCUGCUCAGGGCGCCAACUCUCCCGCCCACCCCGAGGACGCUACUGCCCCAUCCGACGCCGACGUGCCAACUUCGCCUUCGUCGAUGUCUUCACCCUCCGUCGACACUUUCCUACUCCCUGCGGAGCCCGAAGAGGCUCCUACGAAGAAGGUCGCGCAUGCGGAGGGUACCGAUAGCGACUGGUCGGAGGUGGAGGCUUAGGUUCGAAGAAGGAGUAGAGACUUGGAACGGACAUAGACUGGAUUAUCUUGACCCUCUCGAACUCGUGUAUCGUAUCUUAUUGUGUAACUAAUCAUGACUAUCUUCCACUUAUUCUUUG